AUGUCUUUCAACGAUUGGCUCUCAUCUUCUUCCAUAUCUCGACAACCAUUGUCUACAACAACAAAUUUUAAUGACGCAAAACAACAUCAUCAUUAUCACUAUCAUUAUCAUUAUCAUUAUGCACCUAUGACAACAGCUAUUUUUCAACCAUUAUAUAGUCAUUGUCAACAUCAAUGUUGUCAACAAUAUGAUUCUUCAAACUCAUUUGCACUUGUAUCAUCAAUGCCCAUAAGUAAUCAUCAAGUAUCAUUGAAAUACAAAGAAAAUUUUCAUCGAAAUUCAACACUUAAAUUACGUCGUUGUGUUGUUUUAUUUUUAAAUUUAAUCGAUAAUUCAUCAAUAUCUGAUUUUCUUCAAUAUGAUAAACAUUUUCGACAUGCUGAUAAAUAUCUAUUGGCAAUGACAUUAAUCUAUUUUUGGCGAGCAAAAUUACGUGAACAUCAUUAUACAAAAGAUUCGUUUUAUCUAGCCUUAUGGUUAGCACAUGAUUCUGUUGAAGAAGAUCUUACAGCUAAAUAUGGUUUAUUACCAUGGGCGCUUCAAACAAAUGAUGGUCGUCCAUCAGUUGAUUUAAAAAAUGAUUUCAAAAGAUUUUUAUCAAAAAAAACUGAUCUUUGGACUCGUAUGGGCUUUCGAGCUCGAGUCAAACAAGAUGAAUGUGAUGAAAUUAUGCUUAUACAACCGAAUCAUUGGAUUUGGCAAAGAGAACGAUCAACUGAUUAUAAUAAAAAAAUGGCUUUAUUAAAUCGAAAACAAAAAAAUGAUACAUUAAAUACAGAAAAUAGUAGUUCAUCUUCUUUAUCAAUAUCGCCCACUGAAAAUACAAAUUCAUUGAAUAAUCAUAAUGGACAAUCUGCCUUACUCAAUAUGUCUAUGGAUACAAUGGAUGAUGAAGAUUGUUGA